AUGCCGACGACCAAAGAUUUAGAUGAAUUCUUUGAAUUGUCCACUGACUUGGUUGCCAAUUUCCCAUCAACAACACUUUCAAUAACUUAUUCCAACACCGCCAAAAAUUUAUCAAACAAGAAAUCACCCUCCAAGGUUGAUAAUGAGGCUUCAUCCAGUACAAAACAUGCACCAUCGACACACACGAUAAAUAUCAAAUUAUUCGAACCUCAUAGUGGUAAAUGUUUGAAAUACAAAACUACAAAGCAAAAGGAAUUCAGUCGUAUAUUAAACGUAUUGGGUCCACAAGGAGUUAACAGUAAUGGGUUGGGAUUGGCUAGUUUGAUGUCGAAUACCAAGUAUGUGCCGGAGGCUGCAGUUGAAGAAAACAAGACCAAUGCUACUGGUGGUGGUGGUGAUGAUGCUGUUGUAAGUAAGGAGAAUACACCUGUUGCUCAAGAGAAUACAACAGCCACAGGAUCAAAGAAGAAGAAUAAGAAAAAGAAAAAGAAGAAUUGA